ACGAUGAGUUUGUUGUGGGUGGAGAGGAGGAGGACGCCAGGGUGAUGGAGAAAGUGUCAGGUGCAGCCAUGUGAAGUCGUCAACUAUUGCCUCCGGGGUUCACGCCUCUCAAAAUGAAAUGUACAUACCGAUUAUUGGUUUUAAUUGGAGCAGUGACUUGCCUUUUAAUAAUGCUGGGGGUGACCGGGGACGUCACAAGAAUACUCCACUUCAGAAGUUCAAACUCUGUGAGAGAAGCUCUUCGGUCAGAUGUCAAGACAAGUGAAUUUAAUGUCAGUAUGUUAGUGCCUGUUACUCCUUCUUGCCUAGACUCCUUCAGGAGGCCUGAGGUUUAUAGCAACGUUUAUAAUAGCAAGAUAACCUCGAUACGCGAAGAUAAAAAUAAAAUAAGAAACAUAAAAACUCUUGCACCUGCAACCACGAUUCAACAUUAUAAUGUGAAGAAACAUUCAGAGUCGUCUAAAAGAAGCAGGACAACCAAAAUGGUCCUUGCUGUUGUGUGUUGUGGGGACCGUUUAAAUGAGACUCGCAUUAUGCUUAAAUCUGCAGCAUCACUAUCUCACACCCCUCUUAGAAUGAUUGUGUUUACAGAAGAUCCUCUCAAGCCCAUCUUUAAGGCCAUGCAUGCAUCAUGGCCAUCAGAUGUAAGGGAGAGAAUAUCUUUAAACCUCCACAGCAUUGCCUUCCCUCCAGGACAAGAUGCAGCAGCAUGGAGAAAACUUUUCAAGCCAUGUUCAUCCCAACGACUGUUCAUGCCUUCAUUGCUAAAAGAUGUGGAUGCUCUGGUGUAUGUAGAUACUGAUGUUGUCUUCCUAGCACCACUUGAGGAACUGUGGGGACACUUCUAUUCUAUGAAUUCAUCUCAUAUGGCAGCUAUGGCUCCUGAACAUGAGGAUCUGGCUACUGGAUGGUACAAUCGUUUUGCUAAGCAUCCAUACUUUGGUAGACUAGGUGUUAAUUCAGGCGUAAUGCUUAUGAAUUUAACUCGUUUGCGCAAGUUUGGAUGGGAGGAGUAUGUGGUUCCAAUUUACAAACACUAUAAACAUGCUAUUACAUGGGGAGAUCAAGAUAUUAUCAAUAUUAUCUUCCACUAUCAUCCAGACAAGCUGUAUGUGUAUGGGUGUGAAUACAAUCUGCGCCCUGAUCACUGUAUGUACAUGAGCGUUUGCAAAGCAGCAGAGAAACGAGGUAUAUUUGUUCUGCAUGGUAACCGGGGCACUUUCCACAGCAUCAAGCAGCCAGCAUUCAGAGCUGUUUAUCGAGCAUGGGAAGAGUACAAGCUUGGCCAGGACCUGAGGCAGGACUUGUAUUACCCGAUGCAGCGUUAUCUUCUCAAGGCAUCCAACACUACCUGCGGAAAGAUUCAUAAUGCUUUCCUUAAAGCUCUGGGCUCGAUUGUAAGACUCAGAUGACUGAAAUAAUUUUAGGAUUUCUUUCAAAUUAAUAUGUUAUAUUAUCCUAUACUGUUGGCAGCUUAAAAAACAGGUUUUGUUGAAUUAAGCUCUGGUAAAACCAAAGGUGUUCCUUCAGAAUGGUAUAUAUUUAAAAUUAAUGCCUUGCAUAGUAGCUACUUCAUAUUCCAUUACAUCUAUCAAAUAUUAAAGUUUUAUCUAAAUUAAAUAAGGAAGGUCAGCUAUGUCUUGGAUAGAUGCUAACUUUUAAAAUGUGCCAAAAGCAUCAUAGUUUACUUUAUAAAUAGUUUUGAUUAGGUGUGUCUAGAUGAUAUGAGAAUAUUUUUGUGAAUUCUUUUAAAUAUUAUUUUUCAUGUGAACUUAUUCCAACAAUAUUUAUAUUCUUCGGAGCCUCGCACUGCAUAAAAUCUGGGAUAUGAAGUUUACAGGUACGAUAUUAUAUAUGCUGUAUGGUAUAUGAAUGGAAAAAAUUUAAGAACUUGUCUAAUGUUGCAUUAUUUCAUCUGAUGAUGAGCUGGUUUAUGACAGAUAAAAUUUAAAUUCCACCCCAGAGUAUGUGUACUGUAUCUUGUGUGUGUUCUUGAGCAGUGUUUACCUAGGGUCACAGUAAAGUUAUGCAGGUUUUAUAAUGAAAUUUUGUACAACUUUGAAAUAGUUUUAAAUGUUUAGCAAUCACAUAAUUGUGUUCAAUUCUUACAUUAAUAAUUACUACUAACCUGUACUUUCAGUUGGUGGGAAUGUUCUCAAACGUAGUUUUUUCAUUCAUUCACAUCAAGCAGCAGCCACAAGUAAUUUACAUUCAAAGAAUAUUUAUCAUUAAGUUUGGCUUUAAAUAUUUAUUGCUCGUCUCCAUUUGGUCCCUUGAUCAAAAUUGUUAACCAUUUUUUCAGGUGUUUAAGUGUUCCAUUUAAAUUUCAUCUUGCCUUUUCAACAGAGAUGUAUCAUGCAACAUAAAGUCAAACAGCUAAAUCAUAACAUUGACUUCAGGUCUUUUAAUUUUAUUAGUUCUACUGUAUACCUAAUAAGCACUAGAUCACUUACUGUAUUUAAAUCUCAUCUCUGUUUAACAGUGAAUAAAGGCAGCUCAGCUUUAUUUAUAUAUAUCAUUUGUUAAUAACAAAUGCAGUCUUGAGAAAGGAAUAAAGCUAAUUUUAUCAUUUUACUUUUGGGACACAUUUGGAACAUUUGUGAUCUCUUGUAUAGUUGUGAUUCUCCAAGUUGUAGUAGAAACAAUAUACUCAUUAUAUGGUAAGUAUUUGUAGUAAUGAUUUCGGUAUAAAAUUUUGAAUGUUGCCAAAUUGCUUUAUUAAAGAUUUUAGGUAACUUGUGAAUUAGAAAGAAGACAAUCUUUUACAUUUUUAAACUGCACUGCAUUUUGUUCAUUGCUUAAGUUCAUAUUAUAAAAUGCUUGCUAAAUCAUUUAAGGUGAACAACAACGAGAAACUCUCUCUUUAAUUAUCUUGCUUUGUAGUAUUUUUUUGAGUAUUGUAUGCCACAGUGAAAAGCAUGUAACACUAUAGUUCACAUGGUGAUAUACAGGUACUGUUCACACUUGGAGUAAAUCCUGGUUUGUUUACACACCUACCGACUAGUCUCCUACCAGGUAGUCUUUGUGGACUGUUCGUCUACCAGACUGUCAGAGUUUACAAGAUGAUACAAGUACAGAUAUGGGAUUAAUUGUUGCUCCAAAGCAGUGGUCGCCAUCCUUUCGGACCUCACGGACCAGUAAAUUCAUAAUUUUAAAUCCCAUGGACCACUAAUAGACUUAUCUCCAACGGUCAUUUUUGUUACUUUUGUUACUUGCUUUUGCAUAUUUUCAUGCAUUCUUUGAAAAUAUUCAAGUGGUUUCCUAGCUGAAUCUGGGUGUUUUAAUUGCAAGUGUCUAUAGAGUUUCGAAGGUUUCAUGGUAUCAAUGGAUAAACUCUCAUAAUACACAACACAAAGUGGCUGUGGAUGCAGCUCACUACCAGGUUCUUAAAUAAAUCCAAAUUUCAAGUAGUGAGAAUCAUAUUUUCUUGAUAUUUUGAGUGUUUUUCCUUUCUCCACCUCCAGUUAGAAUGUUCUUCCUAAUGGUGUCUGUCUAAGACUGUGGAGGCUCUGAAUCAUUGAUCAACUUGGUUAAGUGAAGAACACAUAUUAGUAAUACUAUUAUCAUUAAUACUACAAAAGAUAUUGUAACUAAAGAAAUGCAAAAUAAUCCUUUAAUUUUUUUCACUCAUUAUGGGUUUAUUGCAUUCGAAUCUGAAGUGAAACAAGAAAUGAUAGUUAUUUAAGUCAAACUACAGUAUUUGAUGCCAUUAAAUAUAACAAUUAAAGAAAAUACAGUUACAUACAAUACACAAAUAAAACAAAACAUUUGGAAUACAGUAUAAGAAUUUCUUAAAAUGUUAUUUUUGUUUGAUUAUUAAUAAAACAUAAAAAUUGCAAAUAAUGUCCAGAUUUUUCUGUGGACCCACAAAAUUUUCUCUCGGACCACCGGUUGGCGACCGCUGCUCUAAAGAACAUGUCCACACUCAGGAUAAGGAGAAAUUAUAUUAAUGGUAGGGUCAUGCCUGACAUGUAAUGUGUUGCUUUUUUUCAUUCAUAUGUAUAUUCACAUGUA